GCUAAAUGUAUUAACAAUUCUUAUUAAUUACGAUGUAUGACGCAUGUGCAACCAUCUUAUAUAUUCAAAACUCGUCCUGUUUUUAUACCUCGUAGGUACGAAUAUGAACAGUUCCUGUUUACUCAGUAUUGACGUUGGGCCCGAGCUAAAACGUAUGUUGCUUUAGCCUUGUGUUAAAUAAAAUUGCAAGGAAUAUGUGUGAAACUGGGACGAAAUUGGACGGCAAAGUGGCUAUAGUGACUGGUGGAAGCUCGGGAGUCGGUUACGAAGUAGCUAAGAAUCUAGCUCGCCGAGGAACUAGAGUCAUCAUAGCAAGCCGCAACGAAACCAAACUGAAACUAGCUAGGGAUAAGCUCGAAGAAGAAACUGGAAACAAGGACAUUGGAUACAAAACUAUAGAUCUAGGAUCAUUCAAAUCUGUAAGAGAUUUCGUGAGCGAAACUACUAAUGCUGAAAGUCGACUAGACAUCUUAGUCAACAACGCUGGCGCUGUAGGCCUACCCGAUGUUCUUACGGAAGAUGGACUAAAUUUAACCAUGCAAGUGAAUUAUUUCGGGACUUUUCUACUCACUUACCUAUUAAUACCAUUUCUGCACAAAUCUGCACCAAGCAGGAUCAUCAAUGGGUCAGCAGGAUCGCCCUAUAUCGGGAGCAUUGAUUUUGAACACUGGAAUGACAUUGGGAGAUAUUCGUUCAUAGAAACGCUGAGCAAUUCUAAACUUGCUAUCACUUUGUUCAACGUUGAGCUGAGUAAACGCUUGAAUAGUGACGAUGUUACUGCUAAUAGUUUUGACCCUUUCGUAGUGCCAGAUACGGAUGUAUUAAAUCAGAUCCCGAGUGGUAUAAAAGAAAUAGCGGAUUUCUUUAUACGGUUAGUUGGUCAGCCGAAAGAAGAGGUAGGAGCUCAGAUAGCGUAUUUAGCUGCAGCUCCAGAGUUGGAACAUGUUAGUGGCAAACAUUACAAAUUCUGCAUGGAUUGGUUCAACCACUGGUUAGCAAGUGACGAUGAACUAAGAAGAAAAUUAUGGGACGUUUCGAAGCAACUUGUUAAAAUAAGUGCGGAUGAAGAUUGGGAAACGAAUUUCAUACAUUAGAGA